AAAUAGCUUUCAUUUUCAUUCUCUUUCUGUGUUCUCUCUGCAUUCAUAUUUAUUCAUGUGACUGCAACAACAAAGUUUUUUCACAACCUUCCCACAAAAUUCCAUUUUUCAACAAGCUUUUAAAUUCCUUCAAAACAACCCCACAAAAAAAAAAAAAAACCAUUUUUUUUUUCAUUCUUCAAAAAAUCUCAGACGUUUUGCUUCCAUUUUCGUAGCAAAAUCAAAGUAAAAAAACCAAGAAGAUGAAGAAAGUGAAGCUUGAAGUGUUGACACUCCCAAACAGACUCACACUGAUUCAAAUUUUCAUGAUGAUGAUGCUUCUCUACAUGCUUUUCAUGAGCUUUGAAAUUCCCUUAGCUUUCAAAGCAGGAUUAGGUUCAGAAACUGUAGCUAAUAUUGGGGUUUUCACCACCGACGCAAUGCCACUUUUGGAAGAACAAAAUCACAAACAAAAACGACCCUUUGGGUUAUUAUUACGGAAAGUUUCAACCUUGAGCUUUAACAAUAGCUUUGAAGGUGUAUCAGAGCUUGACAAGGUAGCAAAACAUGCUUACAGUUCUGGUAAAAAGUUAUGGGAAGAAGUUGAAAGUGGUAAAGUUAAGAGUUUUUCGGGUUUUAAAAAAGCCAAAAAUGGUUCGGAUUCUGAUACUUGUUUGAGUUCAGUUUCAGCUUCUGGGUUUGAGUUUAGGGAGAAGUUGAAAGGGGUUAUGGUUUUGAAUUGUGGGUUGACACUUUGGUCUCAUGUGACUGUUGUGGGGACACCACGUUUUGCACAUGGUGAGAGUGAUCCAAAGAUUGGUGGUGUGAGAAAUGGUGAUGAAAAGGUUAUGGUUUCACAGUUUAUGUUGGAGUUGCAGGGUUUGAAAGCUGUUGAUAAUGAAGAGCCACCAAAGAUAUUGCAUUUUAAUCCUAGGCUUAAAGGGGAUUGGAGUGGGAAGCCUGUUAUUGAACAGAAUACUUGUUAUAGGAUGCAAUGGGGGACUGGUCUUAGGUGUGAGGGAUGGAAGUCUCGCGCGGACGAGGAAACUGUUGAUGGACAGGUGAAAUGUGAGAAAUGGAUUCAUGAUGAUGAUAAUCGAUCGGAAGAGUGGAAGGCGACGUGGUGGUUGAACAGACUGAUGGGGCGAAAAAAGGUCGUGCCUGUUGAAUGGCCAUAUCCUUUUGCCGAGGGGAAAUUAUUUGUUCUCACCAUAAGUGCUGGCUUGGAAGGUUACCAUAUUACUGUAGAUGGGAGGCAUGUGACUUCCUUUCCGUAUCGCACAGGCUUUGCUCUUGAGGAUGCUACUGGACUAUCCAUAAAUGGAGACGUCGAUGUGCACUCUAUAUAUGCUGCUUCCUUACCUACAUCACAUCCUAGCUUUGCUCCUCAGAUGCAUCUUGAAUUGCUUCCUCGGUGGAAGGCACCACCUAUUCUCGACGUGAACGUCGAGCUUUUCAUCGGUAUCCUUUCCGCUGGCAACCAUUUUGCUGAACGGAUGGCAGUGAGGAAGUCAUGGAUGCAACAUAAGCUAAUCAAAUCCUCUCAUGUUGUGGCUCGGUUUUUCGUGGCCUUGCAUGGAAGGAAGGAUAUAAAUGUGGAGAUAAAGAAAGAAGCUGAGUAUUUCGGCGAUAUUAUUAUAGUACCAUACAUGGAUCAUUAUGACCUUGUUGUUUUGAAGACCGUAGCCAUAUGUGAAUACGGGAUACGCUCGGUGGCUGCUAAGUAUAUCAUGAAGUGUGAUGAUGACACGUUUGUUAGAGUGGACUCUGUCAUAAGCGAAGCGAGAGAAGUUCAAACUGGUAAAAGCCUUUAUAUGGGAAAUAUGAAUUACCACCACAAGCCUCUUCGUGAUGGGAAAUGGGCUGUAACUUACGAGGAAUGGGUAGAGGAAGAGUAUCCUCCCUAUGCUAAUGGUCCGGGUUACAUCGUCUCAUCUGACAUUGCUCGGUUCAUUGUAUCCGAAUUUGAAGAGCAAAGACUGAAAUUAUUUAAAAUGGAAGACGUGAGCAUGGGAAUGUGGGUAGAACAAUUCAACAGCUCAAGAGAAGUAGAAUAUGUGCACAGCUUUAAGUUCUGCCAAUUCGGGUGCAUCGAAGAUUACUACACAGCACAUUACCAAUCGCCAAGACAAAUGACUUGCAUGUGGGAUAAAUUGCAACAUCAAGGUAAACCACUUUGUUGCAACAUGAGAUGACAAAUAUAGAGAAGCACAGCUAGGAAAGUUACAUUUUCAUGAUAACCUUUAUUUAUAUAAAUGCGCCCUCUUUGGAGGCGGUUUUGGCUCAAAGUAUCGUUGUUUUCACCCUUAUUUGAUCCAUCCUCUCACCAAAAAGAACAGAAUAUAUAGCCUAGGAAUGUUAAUGUUUUAUAUAUAUCGAGAGAGAGCGAGAGUUGGGUACUACAGCGAUCGUCGAAGGAACAAACCAAUGGUUUGUAAAUUUGUAGUGUAGACAGUAGAGUAACCCGUGGUAUAAGCGGAAUAAAAUUAUUUUAUUUUUCUUCGACUUUAUUUUCGUAUGAUCUUUCAUACAUUUUAAGUUGCUUCUGGAUGAAGAGGCAAGUCUUGUUAUGCCAAUUUCUGAGUCCAGAAAAGGUUAUGAUGUGCUACAAGAUAACCUGUACUUACACAGUUCAUAUGAAUAUAUCACAUUCACAAUUGCUAAA